CUAAUUCAUUGAGGUGAACCAUAAUUCCACUUGUUAUUGUCACGAUUGAUACUUAAAACAAUUGGCCAUGAAAGCAAGACCACGAUUUUCUUAUACACCUUAUGCAUCUAUUAUUCUUAUUUAGGACAUUCAGUUAUUCUAUACCGGUUAGGAAACGGUUUUUGUAAGCCUUGUAUAUAUAUAUUAUGACAUUCUUCGGUUCAUCCAGAGAGAACAACUCAAAGUUCGUUAUUCUUUCAGAGGGAGCGACGCAAAAAAGUUGGAAAUAUCAAAUAUGUGUUCGGACAGGUUAAGUAAGCUUCCAGAAUCCAUUCUUCAUCACAUCCUUUCGUUUCUCGACACCAAAUCUGCUGUUCAAACUUCUGUAUUGUCGCGAGCAUGGCGAAGUGCUUGGAAGCAUGCCCCUGCCAUUGACCUCCAUAGCAAUUCCUUCAAAAAGUUUCGGAAAUUCAGAAGCUUCGUGUCCCGGGUUUUGUCCCUCCGCUACGACCUCAACGUCCAUAAGGUGAGCUACAAAUACUACGAUCAUGAUUCGGAGGUCUCGCAUUUUAGUCUGUUCGUCAAGGUCAUCAAGUAUGCUCUAUCCCAUGGUACACGACAUUUGGCGAUUGACCUCGGCGAUGUUGCGAACGACAAAUACAGCUAUAGGUUCUCUGACUUGUUUGGCUCGGUCACGGAUUCCAAUCUCGCGACUCUGGAAUUUGGGUAUGUCACUGUCGACCGUGGAUUCGGAUCUUCCGAAUUUCGAGCACUCACCACUUUACAUCUGGAUCGCUGCCUUCUGGGUACGGAUCAGGGGGAGGACAUCGAUCUUUUUCCUAAUUUUGCCUGCCUGAAGAAUUUGGUCCUGCAUUCUUGCUUUAUCGAGGGUUCCGGCAAUUAUAGAAGGAGUUUCAAGAUAUCAGGACCUCAAUUGCUUAGCUUGAAAAUGCUGGAUAAUUCGCUGUACAUCAAGAUUGAAAUAUCUGCACCGAAGCUCGAAUUCUUCGCUUUUUGGAAUGUCCAGGCAAUUGAUGGAUUGCCCAAGUUAAGCGUUCCUUCCCUGGUUCAUGCUGAUAUUAGGUUCAGGUGCUAUGGCCUGUCGGCAUGGAACAUCCAAUCGCCGAUGCUAAUUUUCAUCCCCUUGUUACAAGGUUUGAGCAAUGCAACAUCUCUCGUGCUGGAUUCCUCUAGCAUUCAGGCAUUGAUGGACAACAUUGACUUUCUGGAACAACACCCCUCUCCCCUUACGAGAUUGGAGACAUUGAUUUUGGAGGCUGUCACUAAACCCUUCAGAUUGGCCAAUUACUUGUUUAAAGGAAGUUCUUGCACAUAUCCAAAGACCGAGCUUCGCGAGAUAAGCUCUGAAUCACUUCGCCAUUGCAUUUCCUGCUGUUAUCUCUGUCAAUGAGCUUAAGAAACCUGCUGCAUCUUCGUCCUCGAAAGGAUCCAUAGAAACGUCGAACCCACGUUGUUAUGGUGUUUGCCAAACCGAGUUUGGAUUCUGAUUUUGCAGAGCGCAAGCUUACAGUAACUGAUUUCAAUUUGAUACUGCUGGAGGUUUGAUUCUCUUGGCUCGUGGGAUUCAGUUUAUAGUAAUUGAUGAUCCCUUCGCGGUGGAGCUUCUUGUUCUCCGCGAAGCUAUCAGAUGGUGUCUAGAGCUUGGAUUCUUGGAGGUUUGGUUUGAAGGUUAUGCUCAAAGUGGGUGAUUGAUAAGUUCAAUUGUGCUAAUGGCCAUGAUAGUCGUGCGAGUGCCAUCUUCCAAGAGGUCUCGCAUAUGCUGAGGAUGCAUAAUGGGUUGAUUGAGCGAUUUGUUGGUCGGUGUAGCAAUAUGGUAGCUCAUUUGGUGGCUCGACAGAUUCUUUCUUUAUAUCCGACUAUGAGUCGCUUUUUGAUUUUUUCGUCUAGUUGCUUUCCAGAUUUUACUGAUAUAUUUUUCAAUUAUCUCUUGUUAAAAAAAACAUAAUUUUUCUACGCAAAUCAUUAAGUCAUUCUUUACCAUCUUAUAUUUGAGAGCAUGAAUGGGCUUCUAUGUUAUUAGUUUGGAUUCAUGGCUUAAUUAAAUGGAUAGAUUUUC